ACGUAGUAUCAUUCAGCUCUGAACAACUGAACUGCUACAAUGUCUGGAAGAGGAAAGGGAGGUAAAGGACUCGGUAAAGGAGGCGCUAAGCGCCACCGUAAAGUUCUCCGCGAUAACAUCCAGGGAAUCACCAAGCCCGCUAUCCGCCGUCUGGCUCGUCGUGGUGGAGUCAAGCGUAUCUCCGGUCUGAUCUAUGAGGAGACCCGUGGUGUGUUGAAGGUGUUCCUGGAGAACGUCAUCCGUGAUGCCGUCACCUACACCGAGCAUGCCAAGAGGAAGACUGUGACCGCCAUGGAUGUGGUUUACGCCCUGAAGAGACAGGGACGCACUCUGUACGGCUUCGGAGGUUAAACCUGAUCCUGACCCACUCAAACUGAAACCCAAAGGCUCUUUUAAGAGCCACACACUUACCCUGAAGAGUCAUUUCUAACGGCUUCAUACUAUAGGAUAAAGGAAAAUCUUUAAUGUGCUCUUAACUGGAUGUAUUUCUGAUCUUGUUAAGGAUUGGCGUUGACUCAUCGUUGGCGUAGUUUAACAAGUUGACGCACUGUAGCCGCAAUUUCACUCUUGUCACGAACGAUCAGAAGUGCGGAAAUAACGUCACGCUUGAGGAGCUUUCAUGUAAUCUGAAGUCCCGUUCCUUCCUUGAAUUCCGAAUAUUGCACAUUUAUGUUUCUGUUGAAGUUGUGAAAUGUGAAAAUCAAAUCACUGCUUGCUACAUGUGUUAAGAAGGAGUAAUGUACUUUACUCUCUCCGGUACAACGUUACAUAUCGUCUAACGCAGGUGAACUGGAAUUUUUAAAUUCCAUUUUAUAAUAUUGUAAGAGCUUCUUAUACUGUAUCAUUUAAGUUGUUGCUAGUUCUGCUUUAUUUCCUUUUUUAAUUGUUUAGCACCAAUACACGAAGUCAAAUUCCUUGUAUGUAUGAAUGUACUUGGCAAUAAACCCCGAUUCUGAUUCUGAA